AUGAGUCUAACUUACGGAGAUAGAAAGUGUAAAGUAGUAGAAGAAAAGUAUAAGCUUGAGUUGGAGUUCAACGAUGGAGAAUCCAUGAAAGUUAAAGAAGCCGAUCAACAGGAGCCGUAUGCAUCAGUUAUGAGCUUGUGCCCUAAAUUGACUUUCAAGGUGGGUUUUUCAUUUGCUGGGUAGAUUUGCCAACUCACCACCUAAAUAUGCCAACUCAUCUACUAACUUAAAAGAGCCGGUAAAGUUAAGGUGACAUUUGAACAAUAAGUAUAGUUCGUUGGUAUUUUUUGUACAAACAGCUUAUUUGGAUGGUGUUUUUUUGAAAUCUUAAACUUGAAUGGUAUUUUUUGAACAAUUUUGAAACAUACUUACCCUUAUAAGUCAUUUUCCCAGGAAAUUGAGUAAUCUAAAGAUUUUUAAUAAAAAUAAUCAUUAUAACUUUUUUUAUUUUUUUAUUUGGAAAAAUGACAAUUUUAUCUAGAAUAUCGUAUUUCGGAGUACGUAAGGUAAUUCCGCACAAGUCUGGUUCAAAAUAUUUCGUAAUAGAAUAUUUAUGAGUAUUUAUUUCGUUCCAGAGUUGGUAGUGGUGGUUGGUAGGAAUUGGAUCUGGCAUCUGAUACCCUAUAUGUUUCGGACUGAAAAUUUUAAUUGUAGUCCGAAAUGGCCUUACAUUCCGGAGGGUUGCUCCAAAGAGGUAAUUUUAGGGUAUUUGUGUGUUUUUGUUCCAUGUAUGUAAUACAUUGCAUAUUGGUGUGUUUGAUAGUUGUAACAUCCCAAAAUUAUGAAGUAAAAAUUUCAUUUUCGAUUCAACCAAAACAUUGAUUAUGGUUAAAGUCAACAUGUAGCAUCAUUUUUUAUAUAUUCCAUAGUACUUUAUAAGAAAACAUUUAUCAUAGUAAAAUCCCAAAAUCAUCAUAAUGCAGAGACAUGGGUGGAUGCGUUGCGAUCAACCUGAACUCUUUCCUUUCAAACCGGUAGUACUUGAAACCUAAACUGAAAAACCGUAAGUACAAAGUUUAGUGAGUUCCCCCAGCAUACUGACAUGCAUAUAUGGGUGCGUGGCCUACCUUUUUGGUCUAUUUCAACCAGAUAAUGUCGAACAUAUAUGGGUGCUCAAUCUGCCCCUUUGGACUAUUUCAACCGGAUAAUGUUGAGCAUAUCUGGGUAUGCUCGACCUGCCCUUUUGGUCUAUUUCAACUGGAUAUCAUGUCUAUUUCACCUCUACCACUACCAUAUAAUAUCAUACAAAAUUCAUCAAACAAUACAUGUACAACUGAAAAUUAUCACAAAGACAAUCAUCAUACUAUAACAUAACUAGUGGGUCGAUAUUGGUGCCUUCGACCCACGGAUAUUACGAAGGAAAACUCACCUGAAGUAGAAAUCAUAGAAUAAAACCACUGAAGCCCCUUAACUUUAGUGUUAUUAUUAACCAACAACAUUAAUAAUGUGUGUACUAUUCUUUUAAUUUAAUAGACCUUAUUUUAACUGCUUUUAAUUUAUAUCUUUCCGUCUAUAGAAUUCAUUUACUUAUUAUGGCUACUUAUUUCUCUAUAAAAUUUAUUUUUGUAUAAAUGACUAUCCAUAUAUGUUAGUAACCCUAUUUCGAAAUACUUAGACGGAAAACGGGUGUUACAAUAGUUUUCUUGUAUGUUCCGAAAUGAGUAUGUAUGUGAGAUUUUUUUUGAGUUCUAGUUUCUAGUGGAGGGCAAUGGCAGCACAUCGAGCGAUCCAUGUAGUACAUUACUCCAUACUAUACAUGUUUUGGUGUAGAUAUAAGUAAUGAUAUCAACUUCGUUAAGUUACUUACGUUGGUUGCUUCCAUUCCAGGUUACACAUUAAUUAAAUAUGUGUAUCUUUUCAAUGUCCUGGAUUAAAUAUAUUUAUGCAGAUUAAUGAGAAUAUUGAUGUCAGAUAUUUUCUUAGUUUUGUUAGUAGUAUGGCUGUUAACACAGUACAAUUGUUUGUUGUUAAUAAUGUUAUGAAAAAUGGUAUUCAUCGAUUUGUUGGGGAAAAUUGUUCCGGUGGAAAUGGGUCUUCCGGUGCUUAAAGUAACCAAAUUUGUAAUUUAUUAACUGUGAAAACCAACCAUGUUCAUUCUUAUAAUGACUCUAUAGAUAAAUGUGAUUAUAGGUAUAAUGGCACGGCUGUUGUUGAUGUUUUUCCUACAUUUGAUGUUGAUGAAUUUGCAAACGAUGAUGCAAAACUAAUGAUGUUGGUUGAUUAUAGUAAUUUAAUUCCACAUGGAGAACCAGUUGAACAUUUUUAGAGUUACACUGAAUUUGAUGGGGGAUGAUACUGAAGGUGAAGAGGAUGAAACUAAGCCCUUAAAACCCGAAACCUACAAGAGGAAAAGCUUACUUUUUAUUCUUCUGAUUAUGAAAAAACACAAACCACCCAGGGUAUGCUUGAACCUUUCCAUCGCUUGAAUUAGCUCAACAAAAAUGUAAUUGUGACACAACCCACAGUUAUACUUCAUAUGUGAAGUUAAUCCAACUCUUUAAAAGCAAAUAAAAACUUAAGCUUAAAUUAGGAUUUAAAAGUGUCACUGAAGGCUUCUAAUAUAAAGUGAGAAAAUCUACAAAGGACAAGUUUGAAGCUAUUUGCUUUGUGGAAAACUGUGAUUGACGAAUACGGGUAACAAAAGAUAAAAAUACCGAUACAUUUCAAGUGGUUAAACAAUCGGAGAGUCACAAUUGCUAAAACACACAACCACGUCCCCAUCACAGACAAGUCAACAAAAAGGUAUUAGGUCACUUAUUGAAUGGCAUAUUAGUUGAUAGUACAUGUAAUUUGUUGCGGGGGAAACAUAUACAACGAACAUUAACUGACAUUCUUAGUGUACAUAUUUCAUACUUGCAAGCAUGAAUAGCUAAAAAAUAUGUUCUAAAUCUAUUGAGAGGGACCCAUGAAAAAAACUUUCAUACCUUUAUAUUGUUACAACUUGGAGAAGAAGAAUCUAGGGAUGGUUACACAUAUAAAGACGAGUCAUGACAACAAAUUUGAAUACUUUUUCAUAGGUAUUGGUUGUGUGGUAAUAUUUCUUAUAUAAUGAGUUCUUUAUAUUUAGUUACACGUGUGUUUGCUUUAACAAGUAAUAAUUAAUAUUAAUUACUUUUUAGGUUCGGGCAUUUCAUGCAAGUUUGCAUCCUAUUAUUAUCAUUGACGGAACACACUUUAAAGGGAAAUAAUUGAACCCCAUGUUCCUAGCAACGUUGCAAAACUCAUUAGACGUUCCCAAGGCGGCAACCUAGUGCCUAGCGAAUAUUCGGUCUAGAUGGGGAGUAAUCGAGAAGUACUCGAAUUGGAUAAAUUAAAUGAAAUUAAUUUUAGGAAAAUUAUAUAUAUAACAAAUACAACAAGUUUAUUAAAAAUUAUAAUAAAAUAGAUAAAUAUCAACAACAAUUAUAUAUAUAUAUAUAUAUAUAUAUAUAUAUAUAUAUAUAUAUAUAUAUAUAUAUAUAUAUAUAUAUAUAUAUAUAUAUUCUAGAAAAAAAGUCGAAAUAAGAUAUUGUCAUACAGAUGGUAACCGAUGGUAGUGAACAAUAAAAGAAGACGACGCCUAUUUCUCAUUUUCAGGAGACCGACACAAGAUAUUGUUGUGGAGGUGGUGACCGACAACCGAUAUUCAUGGUUGUAGACGAAGAAUACCACCAACCAUCACCAUAACCAUAAAAAAAAAAAAAAAAAAAAAAAAAAAAAAAAAAAAAAAAUUUGAAGGAGGACAACAAAACUGACGAUAUUUGAAAUAGGACCGGUGAAUUUGCAAAAGUAAAGGAAUUAAUUGUUAGAGUAAAUUACAUACUUGUCCCUACAAGUUAAGGAAAUAAUUAUUAAACACAAAAAAUGUUAAAAAGAAAAAAAAAAAAAAGGGUAAAAAUGCUAUUUAUAGAAAUUUAACUUGUAUUUUUUGGACUCAAGUCGGAAUGACCAUCUCAUCUCCACAAUAUCGACAAAAAACAAGAACCUAGUUUUUACAGUUGGAUUAUAUAUGACUAUUUCGCCAUAGAACAAGGACCAUUUAUUUAAUUUUCUCAAAAGGAAAUAAUAUGUUUCUGAGUUUAUGCGCACACUAACGCAUGAAUGACUCCUAUAAAACCCAUUUUACCCUAAAGAAACUGAAACCCCCAAAACAUUAGCGUGGUUGUGUAUAUCUUCGCCGUCUACAAAAGUCAGAUUGCUUUAUUCGUGCCCUAAUUCCUCAUUCGCCGCUCCUGUUCUGCAAAUUACACAGGUACCUUUUACAAUUCGAUUCAUAUUGAUCGUGUUCAUCGAGUUUUUGAAACCCGAUGCUGAUAUUUUCUGUGGAUCUUGCUUUAAACAUACUUGAGAAUCGUGUUUCGUGUGCAUGCCAGCUUUUUCAUUAUAUACUCGAUUUUGAUCUGACUUAACUUUGUUGAGAUUUCAGCGAUUGUUUCCGUUAGAAAAUAUAUCUGAGUUUUGUUAUUGUAGUCAUCGCGUUUCAAGAACUUUUGGAGGUUUAACCAAAACCUCGUAUGUCUUUAGUGGGAAUUGAUUUGUUGUUGAUAUCUCGUACUCUGAAUCGCUAGGUUUGAAUUAUACAUCACUUCAAUUUGGAUAUUCAAUCAGAAAUUUCUGUUAUAGAUUACAGCCGUAGAGAGGCAUAUGUGUCCAUCUGGUUUGAUAUGUAUUCCGCUUGAGUUUUCAGCUAUGUUAGGCACCUGAUUUCUAUGAUUAGGGCUUCAUACUGGAAGUUUGUUGGUCAAUUACAUCAAACAGACGGUUAUGAUUGUUAAUAGUCCAUCUUAAUUAUUGUGUCCUAAGUUCAAACAAGGAUACGCGAAGUUGGACUUUGCAUAAUCUCUUUUAUUUCUUUUAAUUAUGAGGUUUGACAAUUUAGUUCAUGGUCAGUGUAGUUUGAUAGACAUACAUGUUCUCUAUUACAUUUUUUGUACAAUGCCAUUUUCCUAGUCUACAUGGGCUUGAGAAGGAAGAAAAUAAAAAGUUUGAUCUCUUAUAAUUAGUCAAUCUCUAUGCUGUGAAGUUUUUGGUGGAUAUUUGUUUUCUUUUACUCUAAAUCAAUUACUUGAUGAGAAUCUGCAUUAUUUAUACAUUUCUUGUACUUAUAACUAUUUAUCCUGUAAAUCUAAUAUAUGUUUUCUUUUAUUUUUCCAUAAUUACCUUCAGAGAGCUUAACAAUGGGUGGAAGGAGCUAUUCACCUUCACCACCUAGGGGUGGUUAUGGAAGAAGGGGAAGGAGUCCUAGUCCCAGGGGUCGCUAUGGUGGUGGUAGUCGUGGAAGAGAUCUUCCAACAAGUCUUCUAGUCCGUAAUCUUCGCCAUGAUUGCCGGUGUGUAAUUACUAAAUUACCCUUUUUCUUUUGGCAUUCUUAGUCAACUUCUCUUAGCUUAUUGAACAUAGUUCAAAGGGUUUUAGUAUAUUUUGUAUUAACAUGUGUUAUAAAUGCAGUCCAGAAGACCUUAGGAGGCCAUUUGGACAAUUUGGUCCUCUAAAGGACAUCUAUUUGCCAAGAGAUUAUUAUAGCGGGUAAGCUUAUUUUUUUUUAAAAUAUUUAUUCCCAAUUGGUAAGAGGUUAUGUUGCUACCUUUUUAAUUUCUUGAAAUGUGUUGUGUUAUUCAUGAUAUGACAAGUCUUUUUAUUUGUUUCAACUUCAUCAUAUCUUUUUUUAUGUGAUAAAACUAAAUAUUGGGAUUUUUGAUAAUACUGGGUAACUUUCAUCUUUGAACUUUUAUUAAUCAUACUCUUGGGAUUUUCAAAUAAAAGUUGUUGAGAUUUAAUUCAACAGUGAAGAAGUAAAAGUUUUGAAGACAUGAAUCAACAAGGUAGUAAGAAUCUUCUUGAUAUAUUGAAGUAGUAUGAAGGUGGUGUAUAUGAUAAUGAAGAGAUGUGAAGAAAAGAAAAAUGAGUUUGAUUUCAUUUUGAAGAUUUCAAGAUUUCAAGUCUUGAAGAAUUUCAAGUCAUAUUUAUACUGACAAUCUCAAAGGUCAGCAGCCACGUGCAUGCUUUAUGCCUUUAUCUGCUUAUCAUGCUGGCCUUCCAUUUUACUGGAAAUUGAUUGUCUGUAAGUUGCUAAAGGGGCAGUUUUGGAACUCAUAUUUGUUGAUUUGGAGUUCUACAAACAGCCCCAAAAAGAUGUUGACUUGGACUUACUUGGUCAAAGUUCUGAGGUUAAUGUGACUUAUUUCCAAUAUUUUCAGUUUUUAAAAUUUUAAUUUUUUUGUGUGUAGGGAGCCAAGGGGAUUUGGUUUUGUGCAAUUUGUGGACCCCGCUGAUGCUGCUGAAGCAAAAUACCAAAUGGAUGGUCAAAUUCUUUUAGGCAGGCAAUUGACUGUUGUUUUUGCUGAAGAGAAUCGGAAGAAACCUUCUGAUAUGAGAGUAAGAGAGCGCAGGUAAUUUUUUUUUUAUUGUUUAUAUAUUUCAAGGUUAAUCUUAGAAAAGACCUUAUAUUUUUUGUUUUUUCCCGGUUAUACCUCAAAUUAAUUUUGCCUGAAAAAGACCUAGUAUUUUUCAUUUUUUUUUUCCAAAAAAGCCCUCAACUUUGUAUUUUUUUCUGAAAAAGCCCUUGACCUUUUUAGUUUUUCUUUAAAAAACCCUCACAUUUUACAUUGUGUAAAAUAUAAGGUUUUUUUUGAGAUUAACCCUUUUCUAAAAAAUUGUAAAAUGUGAGGGUUUUUUUUUGAGAAAAAGUAAAAAAGAUGAGGGUUUAUUUGGAAGCAGUUAGAAGAUUGAGGGUUUUGUUUCAGAAAAAAAAGACAAAGUUGAGGGUUUUUUCGGGUGAAAAUGAAAAUAUACACGGUCUUUUUCAAGCAAAAAAUAAAGUUUAGGUUUAAUCUAGAAAAAACACAAAAUAUAAGGUCUUUAAUGAGAAUAACCCUAUUUUUUAUAAAAAAGUAUAGAAUAUUGCAGUUUUGGUCCCUGAGUUUUGCAAACGUUUGCGGUUUUGGUCUGUAAACUACAAAGUUUGCACAAGAUACCCUUAUGAUCAUGUUGAAAUUGAAAUGACCAAAUUACCCUUAUGUAGUUUUUUAUUUUUAUUUUUGUAGGGGCGGCAGAUUCAGUGACCGUAGGCGGUCACCGCCACCUCGUUACUCUCGUUCACCGCGUUACACCCGAUCUCCACCACCUCGCUAUGCUAGAUCACCAUCCCGCAGCCGUGAUUACUCUCCACCACCAAGGAGAAGGCAGUACUCAAGGUAAAACUAUUUCUAUAUUAUCAAAAUACUACUAAUUAUCAGGCAUAUUUAGGAAGCUGUGUCUAAUUUACAUAAAUGGUCCCUGCUUUACUAGGACAAUUACAAAGAUGGUCCCUAUGCUUCUUAGAUUAUAGAAAACUUACAUAAUACAUAAUUUUGGUCCCCUUGUAUUUACAAAAGUACAGAAAAGGUUCCUAAAAUUACAAACAUGCUUCUUAUGUUUAAAAAAAUUUCCAACAUGGUCCCCGUCUAAUAAGAAAACUACAUACUUGGUCCCUACCUAAUAUGAAACUUACAACCAUGGUCUCCAUUUUUCACAAAAAUUGCCAGAAAUGGAACUUAUGUAAGAGACCAUCAAAUAAAUGAUGUCUAACAUGUAAGAUUAAUUACUAUUUUUGAUAUUUAUAAUUGUCGUUAAAAAUAAUCACAAUUUUAAAAUCAUUGCAGGUCAAUUACUCCUCGAGACAGAAGGUACAGCCGUGAGAGGUCAUACUCACGCUCACCAGUACGGGAGCGGUCUCUAUCUUAUGAUGAUGAUGUGCCGCCAAGGAGCCCCAUGAGGGAGACUUCACCGCCGUAUAGCCGGAGUCGUAGCCGGAGCCGGAGUCCAGUAAGGGAGCAGCUUCCGGUGAGACGUGGUGGGAGCAGGAGCCGGAGCCCUAGCCGGAGCCGGAGCAGGAGCGGUGAGCCUGGUGGUUAUUACAGGGAUGUGCCACCGCGUAGGGAUGAUUCUGUUAGUCCAUGAGUUGAGCAGAGGUGGUGGUUGGUGUUUGUUAAAACUUUUGGAGAUGUUUGUGAUGAGGUGGUGGUGGUGGUAGGAGAUUUGUAGUUUGAUUGUGUGGUUUUCUUUAGUCGGCACUUUACUUUGUCUUCUAGAUAUACUGACUAAGGUUUGUUAUGCAAUGUUAGGCCCUUUUUUCUGGUACCUUUGUAAGAGAAACCUAAUCGGAUAGGUAUUGUUGGUUGCAAAGUGGUUUGCUCUUCGGUUUACUGCUAGAUAUAUAAAAAGUUAAAUAAUGGAUCUGUUGAAUUUUAUUUUGUUA